CCUUUGAGGAGAAAGCUGCGAAACCAACUGAAAUAUCCGAAAAUGGCUUACAUUAGAGGAGCGAUUGCUAUCGGAAGAAUUGAUAUGAAAUUACUGAUCUUCGUCGCGCUAAAUCUUUGUUUGAUUCUCGCCGAGUCAUCAACAAGUUCCAAAGAUCGCGCUCCUAACUUCGUAGUCUUUUUCGUUGACGAUUUGGGCUAUGGGGAUCUCGGAUUCACCGGUGCGUACGGAUAUGGGAAAAGGAAAAUCAGGUUUGAUAGUAUGCUGUAAUAUUCAAUCAAACCCGUGUCUUAAUGGCGUCCAUAUCUUACAUUUGUAUCUAUUCUUUCCUAGGCCAUCCUACAACAAAAACUCCAAAUUUAGAUAGCUUGGCAUGGAAUGGGAAAAUUCUUACCACUUGGUACAGUGGAUGCAAUGUUUGCACGGGUAGUCGAGCUGCGCUAAUGACUGGUCGACAAUUUGCACGCACAGGCCUCCCGGGUGUGAUCGGUCCUGACUGCCCCUACGGGUUGAAUCUAGAAGAAAUUACAAUCGCCGAGCAACUAAAGAACGGCGGUUAUUCUACUGCUAUUGUCGGGAAGUGGCAUCUCGGGCAACGGAAAGUUUAUCUGCCCGGAAAUAGAGGUUUUGACUUUUAUUURGGCAUUCCAUUUAGUGAUGAUAUGGGCGCUGGUAUGGAGAGCUCGUGUCCGGCAGAGUACCCCUUUUCUGCCACCGGAGACGAUGGCGGGUACACUCAUGGUGAAUGGUCGGCUAGAAGUAUGUACGAAAAAAUGGGGCUCAUGGAUGCGAAUUUCUUCACCACGAAGAAUUACAAUAAUCACCGUGACGAUGACAUGGGUACGAAAUGGCUUCCCCUAGUUUAUCAAAAAUUCAAUCAGACACAAAUUCUUCAGCAGCCUGUUGAUUUUACAUCCCUUGCCAAAAAAUACAGUAACUUCGCAACAAGCUUUAUCGAAGACCACCAAGAUUCCUCCAAGCCUUUUUUCUUGUACGUUCCUUUCUCGCACGUUCACACUACGCAGACAGGCUCAACAAAGGAGAGACAAUAUGCUGGUUGUAACUUUCAAAACACAACAAAGCGGGGGACGUUUGGAGAUGCAUUGGCCGAAACGGAUUGGAUCGCGGGAAAUAUUGUUCAAAAGAUUCGUGAUCUUGGCCUGGAAGAGAAUACACUGAUUCUUUUCACCAGCGACAAUGGACCUUGGAUGGCACAGGGAUUGUCGGGAGGAAGCGAAGGUUUAUUUACGGGCCGCUUUGCAGAAGGGUACACAAAUACAGCGAAAGGUUCCACUUGGGUACGUGUGAUGACAUUCAUAAAAAAUAGAGUUGAUCUACCACAUGUUGCUUCUACUAUUGAUCCAACUUACACAGUAAUAUGUUUUUCACUCCAAAUAUAUGAGAAAUUAGGAAGGUGGCAUCCGAGAACCAGCAUUCGCAUAUUGGAAAGGGAAGAUUUCUCCUUUCACUCGGACAUCAGAGGUAAUUAGUUCACUUGAUGUGUUCCCCACGCUCUCGGCUCUAGCAGGAAUACCACUACCAGAUGAUCGUCCAUUCGACGGUAAAGAUAUGUCUAAAAUUCUACUCAAUAAUGAUGGAAAGUCCGAACACGAUUUCCUCUUCUUUUAUGGCACAUGUAGCGGUGAAAAAUAUUGGAGUAUCGCCAGUGUUCGGCACGGGAAGUACAAGGUAAGAAGAAUUUUAGAAGCCACCGUUUGGAAUUGUCAUUCGUGCCUUUAAAUACUAAAAAAUUAAAAUGUUCGUAACACCUCAACUGAACAAUAAUAGGCCCACUGGUGCACAGCGCCCGGACUUGGACAUUAUAAUGAAACUUUAGCCAAGAGGUACGACCCCCCUCUUCUCUUCGACGUCGAGAAAGACCCAAGCGAAUCAGAACCAAUCAGUUUUAACUCAAUGCCAACCGAAAGUGAAGACUUGUUGGCGAUGAAAAGAAUUUUGGCUGCAUAUGCCAUGGAAAAGUCAACUUUUGAAUUUGGCAAUAUUACUCAAGAGCCAGAUGCGGACGGGGAAGGCCCUGGUCACUAUGCAUUGUGCUGUGACAGGUCGAGCAACUGUUACUGUAAAGAACCGGUUGGCAUAAUGAACCUGGGGACAAAGAAUCAUCAUGAUCGAUAUCACAAGGCGCUGGGAAAAGGAGAGCCUCUGCCGCCCCAAACACCGCAUCAGAAUCUUCUUCGGAACCUGGAAUGACUACAGCUAAUUCCAUUGACUAGAAACGACAUAAUUGUAUCGAAUAUUAUGGUUAUUUUAGUGGAAUCAAAGGGAUUUAGUCACCGGCGAUUUUAGCUAAAUGAACGAAGUCAACAAUCUUGAACUCUUCAUUCGAGUCUUUUAGAAUAGCGUCAGAUCCAUCAAUGCAAACAAGUUCACCUUCAACACCAACAUCUGCUCCCCCUAUCACAAGUACCAUGUCUUUCUCCUUCGGCUGAAUACGUGAAACUUCAUUGAAUCUUACUAUCUGUGUCUUAUUAUCCUCCAACACCACCACUGCAGUUUUGUCGGGAUUGAUCUCCUUGAUAACUGCAGGCCUAUCAUCACUCUUGAGUUGCACACAUACUCUGUCCAUGAACCAGACAGCUGUCUCGUCACUAUCUCCGACAUGUGUUUCCAUGGUACUGCUUGGUUGCUCGCGUUUCACUGAAAGAGACGCAGAUGCAGGGGCGACACCAUUUGAAUCAUCUGUGGGCUCCUGCUUUUCAGUUGUGGGUUGCCAUGUACUACCCCCCUGGGAACUCCCCCAUCCAGAAUCCUCAUUAUUUGGGGACCCAAAUGUAUUUGAUGUAUCAGCACCCCACUCAUUGCCUCCAGAUUCUGGCUGCGCAGUCUCCUCGUCAAUUGCACCGGGUCUCCAAACUUCAUCGGACAUGGAAUCAUGCAUUGGUGUGGCUCCACCGUGCAUGGGCGUCGCCCCUCCAUGCAUUGGUGUGGCUCCACCGUGCAUCGGUGUCGCAGUGGUAAAUGAAGUAGGAAUACCAUUUUGCAUGUCGUUUUGAUUGACGUCCUCUACCGCUCCAUAUUUGUCCCCGACAACAGCCACACGCUCUCUAACAACCAUGACUUUUUUCAGUCUUGAAUGAAGUUCCACCUGCACAUGUGUUGCCGUGGCAUCGCAAACAGCUCCAAGAUAACCUUUCCAUUGCCCCGCUUGAAUACGUACAGUUUUGCCGAUUAACGAAUCCUGUCCCUUUCCACGCCCUCCGCCUGGACCUCCCCGGGAUGAUUGUGACUGUGGAGUUGCAAACGGAGAUGCAUCUCCAACUUGCGCUCCUCGUUGCUGGGAACGUGAACCAGCCAAUAAACACUUUCGGCUACGUACUACAAAAAUACCAGCAUGCUCAGAUCGUGUUUGAGAGUACAAAAAAAGCUGGGAUCGGCUCAUUCUCUUGACCGUUGCGGUCUUGCCCUUAUGAGGACCUUCUGCAAUGUUAACUUGAUCUCCGCACCGCAUCUGGUUUCCUUGAACGUCCAAAGCAACAGCUCGAUUUGAUGUUGAAUUUCGUUUCCCUCUCAGUUCCUCAGGCCUUACAUCUCUACUGAUACCAUGGUUGUUGACCACAGUGAAAUCCUCACGUCCAACUCGAACGAUGAUACCGACUUCGUUAGCAGAUCCACCACCACUAAGCAUUACUAAAUCAUAUAAUUCAUA